AUGAAGAAGAUGGCGGAAGAACCCAAAGUGACCUGGGCCUCCCUCCCGCGAAAGGACCAACUGGUCAUCCUCUUCCUCGUCCGCUUCUGCGAGCCCAUCGUCAAGGUCUCCAUCUCAUCCUAUGUCUACUUCCAGCUGCAGUCGCUGGACCCGUCACUCCCCAGCGCCGCCGUCGUCCAGCAGACGACGCUGCUGCAGGCCGCCUACACCGUCGCGCAGUGUCUCGCGAGCGUGUUUCUCGGGAGCGUCGCGGAUUCGCCGAGGGGCGGGAGGAAGGUUGUUGUUGUGUUGAGUUUACUGGGGUCUUUCGUCGCGUGCUCGCUAUUCGGCUUCGUCGCCAACUUCAAACAGGCCCUCGUGCUGCGCUUCGUCGAGGGUCUGACCAACGGUACUGUUGCCAUGGUGCGGACUAUGACGGCCGAGGUUGUGCAAGAAAAGAAAUUUCAAGCGAGAGCCUUCGUCCUCCUCAACAUCAGCACCAGCUUCGCCAUCAUCCUCAGCGCCCUCGUCGCCGCCGGCACGGUCGAGCUGACGCCCAAGGCCCACGGCGGCAGCGGGUUGCUGACCCGGUACCCGUAUGCCCUGCCCGCCCUCCUCAACGCCAGCUUCCUGCUGGUGGUGUUGGUGACGGCCGUUUUAUUCCUUGAAGAGACCUCCAAACUCGUCCGCCACAGGUACGACCCCGGCAUCGCCCUGUCACGCUACAUCCUCUCCCGGCUCCAAUGGCUCCGCCGCGGCCGCCGCACCGGUAGAGAAGAAGCACAGUACGCCCCGCUCGACGCAAGCGAGGAGAUGGCCUUCCUCGACGAGCCAGAGCCGCCGUCACCUCCGCCGAAACCCAAAUCCGUCGCCAGGCUCCCCACCGCCCGCAUCUUCACCAAGAACAUGGUGCUGGUCCUCCUCGCGGCCUUCAUCUACGAGGCGCACCUUGGGACCGCUAGCGUCGCUUUCCCGAAUCUCCUCGUGACGCCCGUCUCCACCAAGGAGGAGGAGGCGCAGCGGGUGCUUCCGUUCUUCUUUGGUGGAGGGGCUGGCUUCACGCCGUUGCCUUUGGCUGUGUACUCGGUCAUGUACGGCAUCUUGUCCAUCCCCCUCCAGAUGAUCCUCUACCCACGCCUGUCCCAGAGCCUCGGACCCCUGCAAGUCUGGCGGAUCUUCUACCUCGCUUACCCGCUCCUCUACUACGCGUACCCCUUCGCAGCCCUUGUCCCCUCCAGCAGCCCCCCACCAUCCGGCAAAACCGGACUUGCAAUCUGGGCCGUGAUUGCGCCGAUGCAGGUGCUCACCGCGCUGCUGACCAGCACCGUGAGCCCGUCCCAGACAGUGCUGAUCAACGCGGCGUGCCCGCACCCGUCUGCACUCGCCAGGACACACAGCAUCGCCUUCUUCUCGUCCAUGGCGACGCGGGCGGGAAGCACGGCGCUGGCGGGCGCGUUGCUGGGCUACGGCUCGUCGCACAACCUGACAGGGUUGGUGUUUUGGGGGUGCGCGGCUGUUGCGGCGCUCGGGGCUUGCUUGAAUCCGUUUUUGACCGAGGGGACCGGGCACGAGAUCCGGUUGCCGGGGGAUGAUGAGUAG